AUGGCGGCAAUACCACCAGGUAUAACGAAGGUCGAGGAUAUCGAAGGGCUUCGAGUUCAAGAAGAAUUCGUCGCAUUCAUCGAGGAGUUUAAAACUGAGAAUGGUGAAAGUCGUUACAAGGAGGCCGUCUAUGAAUUGCGUAAUUCUGAACGAAAUACGAUGCGAAUCGAUUAUGCAGAUUUGUUCAGUCACAGCUCUACGCUAGCUUGUGCCAUUGAAUUGCAAUUCUAUCGAUUGUAUCCUUAUUUGUGUCGUGCCGUAAAAUCAGUGGCCAUGGGCGCAUGUGACGAUGAUGCUGAGAAAAUGCGACUAAUGAAGAAAGAAGUACAUGUUAGCUUCAAUAAUCUUGGUCAUAAGUUGAGAGUUCGUGAACUAACCACCGACAGAGUUGGUUCUUUGGUGUGUAUAUCGGGUCAAGUGGUCCGCACACAUCCUGUUCAUCCCGAGCUUUCAAAAGGAGCGUUCGUAUGUGAUGACUGUGAGAUGUUGAUCAAAAAUGUUGAGCAGCAAUUCAGAUAUUCGCCGCCGGCGCAGUGUACUAAUCCGACGUGUGUGAAUCGAACGCGUUGGAAAUUGAAUAUUGAAGAGUCAACUUUCGUCGAUUUUCAGAAAAUGCGAAUUCAAGAAACACAAGCUGAGUUACCUCGUGGUAGUAUACCGAGAAGUGUGGACGUGAUCAUACGUGGUGAACUAGUUGAGAGUGCGCAGCCAGGAGAUCGCUGUGAUAUCACUGGUACACUGAUCGUGAUUCCGGAUGUUGCAAAACUCAGUGCACCUGGUUUGCGAGCGGAAGUACGGAAUCGUAAUCGAGGUCGUGAGAGAGGUGUGGAACCCGAAGGUCUGACUGGCCUCAAGGCGUUGGGUGUACGAGAUUUAAACUAUAGAUUGGCAUUCCUUGCCUCUGGCAUCACAGCAUCCAAUCCAGCUUUUGGAUCGAAAGACUUCGGUCGUGACGAUGUAGACCAUGCGGCUCUUUGGAAUACUUUAACGAAGCAAGAGCAGCACACACUUCGUGCGAUGUCGAAUGAUAAGGCGAUUGCACAGAAUCUCGCAUCAAGUCUUUUUCCGAAUGUUUAUGGCAGUGAUGAGGUGAAGCUGGGUGUUUUGUUGAUGUUGUUUGGUGGUGUUGCGAAGAAAAGCUCAAGCGAGGGUACAACUCUUCGUGGUGACAUUAACGUUUGUCUUGUCGGGGAUCCAAGUACGGCGAAAAGUCAGAUUCUGAAAACUGUCGAGCAGUUCUCAUCGCGUGCAGUGUACACAUCUGGUAAAGCCUCAUCGGCAGCCGGCUUGACGGCCGCAGUGGUGAAAGACGAGGAAUCGUUCGAUUUUGUGAUUGAAGCUGGUGCAUUGAUGCUCGCUGACAAUGGUGUUUGUUGUAUUGACGAAUUCGAUAAGAUGGACCCAAAGGAUCAGGUCGCCAUUCAUGAAGCUAUGGAACAGCAAACUAUCUCUAUUACGAAAGCCGGCAUAAAAGCCACACUGAAUGCCCGAGCAUCCAUAUUGGCGGCUGCAAAUCCAGUAGGUGGUCGAUAUGAUCGAACCAGACCUCUGAAACAAAACAUCCAACUUUCUGCACCAAUCAUGUCACGAUUCGAUUUAUUCUUCGUGCUUGUCGAUGAAUGUAAUGAGAUAAUUGAUUAUGCGAUAGCACGUCGUAUUCUCGAUACGCAUCGUUCAUAUGUGGAACACACACAACCGGAGACGGUCUAUUCGCCCGAAGAUAUCCGAAAAUAUAUCGCAUUUGCACGUUGCUUCAAACCGCAGAUCAGCGAGGGUGCAGCGAAAUUAUUGGUGAGUGAAUAUAAACGAUUGCGAUUGGGUGACAGCAACAAUUCAACAACGUCAUCGUGGCGGAUAACUGUAAGACAGCUUGAGUCGUUGAUUCGUCUCUCAGAAGCAAUCGCACGUGUGCAUUGUGAAAGUGAAGUUACAACCGAGCACGUAACUCAAGCAUCGAAACUGUUGAGUAAGUCGAUUGUUCGUGUUGAGCAACCGGAUAUCGCAUUGCAAGAUGAGGACGAUGCAAUCUUUGGGGAUGUCGAGAUGGAAGCUGCUGACGGGUUGGGACAACCUGAACAAGAGGAAACUGGUGGUGUGUUGAAAGAGCGAAAUCAACCGGCGACACAAGAACAAGCUGGAGAGUCACCGAAGCCGAAAAUAGACACUAGUAAAUUGAAAAUCAAAUUCGAAGAAUACAAAAAUAUUUCGGAAAUGUUGGUCUGUCACAUCAGACGUUUGGAAGAUGACAAAGCAGAAAGCGCCGACUAUGAGGGUGUUAGACACUCAGAACUCGUUCAGUGGUAUUUGGAGAUGUUGGAGGAGAGUGUGGAAACAGAAGAAGAACUGCUGAUGCAACAGGCGAUAAUUGAACGUGUCAUCAAACGGCUUAUCAGUGAAGAUGGCAUUCUGAUACAGCUGAAUGCAGAUACUGAUAAGGAUCCAGUGCUUGUUGUGCAUCCGAAUUACGUUACUGCUGAUGACUGA